CCACAUCUACGUCACCCGCAGUGACAUCUCGGCAGUGGAUCUCUCACAAUCUCACAUUGCGCAUUGCCAUCGCUCUCCAGUCGCAGCACACGGUGAGCCCUCCGUCAUACGCAUCUCCUUAUCCAUAAUUGCGCCGGCUGCAAUCAAACGGUCACAGUGCUAUCUUGUUUCUCAAUCUGACAUAUCUAUAGUUUGGUCGCCUCCGUCGCGUAACAACGCGCAAAGAUACUCACUUUCUCAAUCGAAACCUACCGUUUGGUUCUUAUACAACAUCAUAGGAUAUGAAGUACGGUGAUACCUUGCGCCAAAGGUCAAUUCCGGAAUGGGGCCAUUACAACAUCGACUACGACUACCUCAAAGACCUCAUCAAGCACCACACCACACCGGGCACGAAUAGGGCCGUGUCCAUCCCAGGCCAGGGCGGAACCAGCGAGCGAGUCUUCGGCGAUACCUUUUUGAAAGUCCUACAGACCCAACACGACCGCAUCAAUCUCUUCGUGCGGAGUAAGAGUGGAGAAAUUGAGAGGAGGUUAGAUCACAUAAGCAACACACUGGACCAGCAACGCGCAAAGCGACCCAGUGAUACGCCAGGCGCUCGACUUCCUAUCAGAACAGUAGAGAGAUAUGCGAAGAUAGAUGCGGAUGUAGCCAAGAUCGCCGAAGAAAUACGCUCACUCUCGCGCUUUCAAGUAGCUCAGCGAACAGGCUUCACAAAGAUACUAAAAAAAUACAGACGUUGGACGAAGGAUAGAGAGCUCGAUUACACCUUCAAGCAAGAUAUCAGUAGCCGUCCAGACAGUUUCUUUCAGCUGAAUCUAGGAUACCUGCUCGAUCAAUACAUUGAUGUUCUCGACACGCUUCGCUCAAUCUUUGACGGCGAUGGGGCAUCUGCGCCUCACAAUGAGAAUACUAACGCCCAAUCGCCCGCUGCGCGUCUCUCUAAGAUCAUUGCGCAGGGAGAUACACUAGACCUCGAUCUGGCUUUGUCUUCAGUCCCAUUAGGUGAUGGUGGGAACAAGGCAACGUAUUGGAUCCAUCCCGAAAAUGUUGAUCAGGUCCGGAUUUUACUACAUCAACAUAUGCGCCUUUUCACUGGCAACAGCAAAAACCGGUCCCGCAAAAAUCAUGCCUAUGCGCCAACCAGCCGUCAGUCCUCGAGCACAAAUCUUGAUAAACACUCUGAAAAAGAUGACGACGUCAGUCUUGUCGUUUUGGACUAUGCAGAAUCAUUUGCUAUGAAACAAAACGCAAGCACGAUUGGUUCUAGCGAGGCUACCAAGGGAAAUAUCGGGAUCAAAGCUGCUGGCAAUGUGCGAUGCGUCUCGUCUAGUGAUGCGGCAGUAGUCAUCCGCGCUGGUACAGAUCUGCAGGAACAGCUGUCGGACAAAGUAAUGACAGCGAGAUUGAAGCGUAAUUUCGUGCCAACCUUUUUGGACACUUCGACUCAGAUACCUGCUGAGAAGCUGUUAGAGAACCAGACGAAAUCAAAAGCUAAUGUUGCUCAAGACCCAUCCGCUGUCCGACAGUGGCUGACGGAGCAUAAAGAUAUCAAGCCCAUCGCUGGUAUCGUUUCAAAACGCACAAGAUUUGUCGGACUCCACAACAACUACAUGGGAGGGAGUUGGGCAACCUUGGACAGGGAUGUGUUUAUGAAGGACUCCCUCCACAAGGAUUUGGAGAAGGAUGACUGGGCACUCGCAGCAAGAUCAAGGUCGAUCGAGUUUCCUCAUGCUAUUCUCGAGGUUCGUCGAGAAAGCAGUCAGGCAACAUCACUCAUUCCAAUUUUGGAUGGAAGUCAUUUGGUUGAACGUGUUCGUGGAUUUUCUGUGGAAACACAUGCCGUGUGGACAUGCUGCAAGCCGAAUUCUAUGACGGCACCAAUAUGGAUGCCUCUCUUGGACAAGGAUAUUCGAAAGUUACCUGAACCAGCCAGAAAGCGUAGUCGCAAGACAGGAAGCAGUAACAGCGGCUCUCACUGCGACUCUUCUGCUCUUGCAUCCGCGUCCAACACUUCGGUUGAUGGACAAUCGAGUCCUCUACAUUCCCGUGCGGAAGAAUCCUCCUCAACUUCAGUAUAUGAUUUCGUGGAUCCGCCGUCACUCCAGGCCUUUAGAAAGAAACAUCGCAAGCCAUAUUCUGACUAUCCCCCACCAAUUGUCCAUGCAGAUGCGGAACCCGAGCAGCGCUACUGGAAUGAGUAUGAUCAUCCCGAAGACGAGGAGGAAGGGUAUUUUAUAUACGUCGACCCAAACGCUACAGUCAAAUUUCCCGGUCAGGAGAUUAUCGAAGCAUGGGUGAAGUCGACGAAAAAGCUGUUCGGUAUGAGCGACCGAGCUGAUGAGGAAUCACUGCUCUCCGCGGCCGAUGAUGCGACAACGGACGACGAAGAUACCGUAGAUCAAUCGCCUGUCGGUGCAUCGAGAACGUACGGAACAAUAUCCUCCGGCAAGCGUAAGCCGUCGCACGGGAGCUACUUCAGUGGUCUCUUCCGUUCGUUACGCGAUCCUCACCACGACGCCGAAGUCCUCCAGGAGCGGAGAUCGCUGCUCACUGAGCUGGAAACUCGACAGCACAAGGCUGAGAUGACGAAGCUGCGGUUUUACUGUACUUCUCUUGCCACGGCCGUUGUCAUCGACCUCAUUCUGAGCCUCAUGACGAUGACGAGUCGCAAGAAGGAGCGUGGCGUUGUUGACGUGGGAGUUAUUUUCGGCACAGUCAGUACGAUGCUGUUGUGCAUUGUUGCAGUGCUCAGUAUGCGCACGAGAAAUGAGAAGUUGGGGUGGGUGCAUCAAAGUGCUGUCUGGGCGAUUGUUGCGGCGGUUCUGGGGUUGGAUAUCUUGCUGUUGUUGUGGGUAUUGCGGGUGUAAUGGGGGAGGAUCUAAUGAUUGGCAGGGUCUUCUGAUUCUUAGCGUUUUUGUUGUUGUAUAUUAUUAUCCUUUCGCUUUAUCGGUAAUUUGGAUGGACAUUUGAGACGAUUGGGGCACGAUUGGCCCUGGGAGCGGGAUUUGCAGCUGGAAUCUGCACACCGUCGAGACGCGCUAGAUAAUUUAUACCUAAAGUCGAGAAGACAAUUACCUCAAACAAGG